AUGAAUAGAGAAGAAAUCACACCUCAGGUCUCUGCUGAAGGGGGUGCACCGUUAGGGAAAUCAAGAAAAUUUUUCAAAUCCAGCUUACAGGACAAGGGGAAGGGGUCAAGGGAAGGACCUGGUCCGACUGGUGCUCUGUGUGGUGCAGGGGCCAAUCAGCUGCUGCCACGUACCCCUCCAUUGAAGCAGCAGGGGCGGAAGGUGGAGGAGGGAGGAACGGGUUUGGAUGAGCGACGCAGGGACCAAUCAGGAGGUGCCAGGUGUCCGCCUAAAGAGGUGCUGUGUAGGGCAACUAGGAGCAGCAGUAGCCAUCCCCCUAAGGCUGAGGUAGUUGGUGUGGGGCAGAGUGAGAGGGGGAGUGAGCGAGUGAGUGAGAGGGAGAGUGAGAGAGUGCGAGUGAGUGAGAAGGAGAGUGAGCAGCAGCGGUUUGAGACGCCUCAGAAAAGGAGGGUGACUCGAGCAGGAAGCAUGGCAGGGGUAGACGGCACAGCAGGAACAACAGGCAAAUCAGGUGCAGGCAAAACAGGAACAGGCAGCAGAACAGGAGCAAAGCAGAAUAGAGCGAUGCCUGCUGAAGGGAGUCAUGGAGUGGUUAAGGGCGAGGAAAGUGGAGAAUUUGCUGGUAGACUAAGUCCCAACAGACGAUUGGAUGUGGAUAGAUUACUGGAAGCGACCACCUCAAGCCAGGUGAAAGCCCAGGUGGAUUUUCAGGUGUCGGAGAAGUCUGGAAGGUCAGGCAAGGCGGGUGCAGGCUGUGAGAGGCAAACACCAGUUCGUGAUAGCAUGGUGGGUGCUGCUGAUAAGGAGCUGGGUGAAGGUGAUAAGGAGUUGAGUGCGGUUGAUAAGCUAGGUGCCACUGGUAAGCCAGGUGCUGCUGAUAAGGAGCUUACGAAGGAGACAAAGUUGGCGGCUGUAGCAGAGCGUGAGAAUAGGGAAUCAAGCAAGCCGGCUGUAGCAGAGCGUGUGGUGAGGGAGUCGACCAAGCUGCAGCAUAGGUUGUGUGACGAGAGGAAUGGGCCUGAAGGCAGACGUCAUGGUGAAGCGGGGUGUAGUGCUGUGGAAAACGGUGGAGCAAAGCACAGUGCAAAUUCAGCAUCAGCCGCAGCAGCAGCAGCAGCAGCAGCAGUAGAAGGAAAAUGCAUGGAUUCAGCUGCCGCAGUGGCGCUUCAAAGGGCGUGUGAGCGAGCAGAGCUUAUGGGAAUGCCACCACCCGCCUGCAACCUUACCCCCACGCCCCUCCUCACGCCACCAUCCGCAUCCUCAUGUAGGGAUAAAUCGGCUAGGAGACAGCAGGCGGGGCGGGAGGGGGGGUGUGAGAAGUCUCAGGAGAGUGUUGUGUUGACGGUUGAGGGCCUGAGGGAGCAGCUUUGGCGGGAGGAGUGGGAUGAGGAGGAGGUUGAGAUGGGUUUGAGGGUAGAAGGUGGGGAGGAGAGCGGGGAGGGGAGAGAGGAGGGGCGAGAGGAGGGAAGAGAGGAGGACAGAGCAGAUGAGGAAAUUGGGCUGGAGGAGAAAGAAAAGAGGGCUCGGAAGAAGCGGGAGGGCGAGGAGGAGAAGAAGAAGGGAAGGAAGGAGGAGGAGAAGCAGGAAGGAAAGAGAAGGUUGAAAAAAGGGGUUGAGGGAGAGGGGUGUGAGGCAAGGGGAGGGGAGGAGAGCGAUGGGACUUUGGAUGAGUAUGGGGAUAGCUGCAAGCGGUGCCAUGAAGUUGGCUUCAUGCUUUGCUGUGACGGCAAGGCAUGCAGCGCCACAUACCACCUGCACUGCUUGGACCCUCCACUAGAUGACGUCCCUCCAGGUCUCUGGUUCUGCCCGGACUGCACCCACAAGCGCUUCUCCCUGGGGGUGCAUGCGGUGUGCGACUAUCCCACUACCCACAACGAGCACAACGAGCAUCACUGUGGUGGUUGUCGCGGUGAGAGUGGUGAGAAAGUGGGCAUGACUGCAGAAGCACCUGGGCCGGCAGGAACACUCAACGGGGUUGGGAGUGAGUGGGGUGUGCUGGGGGAAUUGGAAGGGGAGUGUGAGUCUAGUGGGGCGGGGAGUGACAGUGAGAGUAGUGAGGAGGAGGAUGAGAUUCCGACCAUGGCUGUGUGGGUGGAUGAGGAGGAGAGGGGGGUGGAGGGAAGGGGGGAGGAUGGGAGGGAGGAGGAAGGGAGGGGCAACGAGGAUGAAGACGGGCAGCAGAUUGUGCAAGUUACUGCAAGCAAUCAAACCCCUUUCCUUGCUUCCAUCCUUCAGCAUCUCCCCUCCCGCGUCCCUCGCCCCAAUCGCCAGCCCCCUCAUUCCUCCCCAUCCCCUCUCUUCAUUCACCCCCACGUGGAACCCCCAUUGAGCCCAACCAAGGAAGCUCAUAGCCAAGCGGGUCACCAGGCCACCUAUAAGGCCGGGGCAGAGGCACAAGUUCUGUCCCACCUGGAACCCCCAUGCACGUGGGAGCCGGCCAAUGGGAGCGUGCUGCAGGGGGCUGCCGGGCGGCGUUUGUUGGCACGAUUCUGGGAGAGGGAGCAGGGGGAGCAGGGAGGGGGGGUGGUGGAGGGGGGGAGGGACGGAAGGGGAGACGGAGCGGGGGUUUUGAUGUCGCGACUGCACGCCCUGUGCGCCAUACCGGACCGCUCUGCACCGCACUGGAUCGCAGUGUCUGACGCCCCGAUGCAGCAGCAGCUGGGGAACCUUAACGCCCUUAGGAGCCGGUGGAGGGACUGUGGUCCCUUGGGAGGUGGGGAGAGCAGUGGGGGGACGAGAGGGAGGAGGAAGAGCAGCAGGCAGCAAGGCACGAGCGACAUGCUGCAAGGAGCUAGCUAUGAGGAGCGCCCUUACCUCGUGGAGGUGGCUUGGGGCGCCGUAGCAGCGGAUGGCAGCACGUACGAGCGCCCUUACCUCGUGGAGGUGGCUUGGGGCGCCGUAGCAGCGGAUGGCAGCACGUACGAGCGCUCAUACCUCGAGGAGGUGGCGUGGGGCGCCAUAGCAGCGGACGGCAGCACGCAGCUGUGGUCGGCGCACGAGGCCAGUGCCGCCCGCUCCAUGGGGUGGCCGCACUCCAUCUUUUCCCUGCACGCCUGCCUACGCGUCCUGCUUGCCCCACACGAGCCCCAGGCACACGACUGGGAUGCUGGGGACGUGACCAUCAUGACAGUUGCCCCAGCUCAUUGA